UCCAAUUUACUUUUUUCACAAUAUAUAAUACAUCACAUAGAAUAGAACAACUCAAACUCAAACAAACACCUUCAAUAUAAUUUUAGCCUUGAUUUUCUCUCUAGCUACAAAUACAUAACAAGAAAUAAACAACCUUUGCUAGUAUCAAUUUUUCAAUGGAUCCAUCCCAUAUAUCUGCUUAUGCAAACUUCAGUUGUGAACUGAGAAUAAUACAAGCUCGAAACGUUGAAUUCAUCAAGUCUUCGGAAAAUUUGUUUGCAAGAUUGUAUCUUCCAACAGGAAACAACAAAAGAAUUCAACUCAACAGCAAAAAUGUUUGGGACGAGUCUUUUAAUCUAGAUUGUUCGUGCCCUCAAGAAUUCUUGGAAAACCUUAAUGAACAAAAACUAGUGUUGGAGCUAAGGCAAAGGAAGAUGUGGGGGUCAAAACUUAUUGCGAAAAGUGAGAUUCCAUGGAAGGUGAUUCUUGAAUCACAAAACAUGGAGUUAAAAAAAUGGUUGAAGAUGGAUUUGGUGAGUGGAAGUGAUUGCAAAGAGGGUAUGUUUACAACACCAGAAGUGGAAGUGGAGAUUAAAGUUAGAGUAGCUUCGGUUGCUGAGAUGGAAAAACAGAAUAAGAGAAGGUUGAAUAAUUGGAAUGAGUGUGGAUGCAAAAAUGGACAUGAUCAUCAAGCUUGGUGCAACACUGAAGAUUGUGAUAUAUUUGUGCUUGGUGCAGCUUUAGAAGCUUUUUGAUUUUGAUGCAAGAUUAUGUGAUGCACAUAUGUACUAACAUCAGCUAAAUUAGCUUAUGAUUAUAAUGGAUUGAUUUUUUUGACAAA